CUGGGUUUGAGUCACUUCACUUCUACGCUUAGUGGUUUAAGUAAGUGCUGCACAUAAUAAGACUCAUCGCUCAAUCGACGGUAUAAAGGUUACCUCAUGCCAGCAACGAUCAAUACCACAUCUUCAUUUCUGAUUUGAUAAACAUUUCCAGGACUCCAAACCGGGAGCUUCUGUCAAUUACUGAAGUGACAAUGGCCAAAUCACUAAACAUAGCUUCAAGUCAAUCAAUUAGGCUGGAUAUUCCUAGUGGAGAAUACUUUCUCACGACCUUUGAGGACGGCGAUGAAGAACCACUCGCUCGCCAUCGACUCUGUCUCAGACCGUCUGAGCAGGGUUCCCAAGCCAUAUACUCUCGAGGAUGCCAGGUCCUGGCUAGCGGCCAACCUGACCUCUGCCAAGGAACUUCUUGCCAUCCCCACAUUAGCUAAGCGCACCGCCGCCUUCUUCGAGGGAAAUUCCAUCCCCAUCACAGCUAUCCGUCACAAGGACAGAUUCAUCGGCUGUAUCUCACUCACUGUUCGCAGCACGGAGCCAGUUGUGGAAAUGGGUUACUACUUGCAUCCGUCCCAUCAAGGGAAGAGGCUCAUGCGGGAAGCGGGAAGGACGGUAUUGCGGUACGCUGCUAACGAGUUUGGGAUCCGAAAGGUGUUCUGUAGUGUUGAUGAAGGCAAUCUGGUGAGUGCGAAGGUCGUUCAGGGGAUUGUGAAAGACACUGCUGUUGGGGAGGUGGAGACGGGCAGGAUGGUGUUGGUUUGGCCCGUAGGGAAGAGGGUUGAGGGCGAGAGUUGAAGCUCGACCUGGGUGUGGAGUAUUGAGCCUGAGUUCUAAGAAUCUAAACGAUAUAGGUGGCGGCUUACCUGGGGACAAAGAACUAAUCCAAAAUAAUGGCACGGGUGAGUUGAACUCAAUUGUC